AUGGUAAGGUUUUUACAUUUUUCUUUAUUCUUUAGAUAAUAUUUUAAAUCUAAAAGAUGUAGACAGCAUGAUUGAGCUGUCUUUUAGCUAUUUGUAAUCUUUAUUCCAAGGUAUUUUGAGUUUACACCUUGUUUUAAUUAAUUUUUGACAUCAACUAUCAAGUGCAAUAUAAUUUCUUAUUUUUUAGGUGAACUUCACCGUAGACGAGAUCCGUGCCCUUAUGGACAAGAAGAAGAAUAUCCGAAACAUGUCGGUUAUUGCUCACGUCGAUCACGGAAAGUCGACUCUGACCGAUUCGCUGGUGUCAAAGGCCGGUAUUAUUGCCGGAGCCAAGGCGGGUGAGACCCGUUUCACUGAUACCCGUAAGGAUGAACAGGAUCGUUGUAUUACCAUCAAGUCUACGUGAGUUUUUCCCCAUUUUUGUUUGAUUUUAGGCUACAACAACAUCACUUGAUCUAGUGUAAUAUAAAACUCGUUUCAGUGCCAUCUCUAUGUUCUUUGAACUUGACCAGAAGGAUGUUGACUUUGUCAAGGGAGACACUCAGAUCGAGGUUGAAGGUGGAAAGAAACUUAGCGGUUUCUUGAUCAACUUGAUCGAUUCACCCGGUCACGUUGACUUCUCCUCAGAAGUAACAGCUGCUCUUCGUGUCACCGAUGGUGCUUUGGUUGUCGUUGACUGUGUCUCCGGUGAGUUGCAGUUUGUGGUCAACUUAGAUCAAGUGUAAUAUAAUUUAUCUCAAUUUCUGUUUUUUAUUUAUUUUUUUCUUUACAGGUGUGUGUGUCCAGACCGAGACCGUACUUCGUCAGGCCAUCGCUGAGCGUAUUAAGCCCAUCCUUUUCAUGAACAAGAUGGACCGUGCCUUGCUCGAGCUUCAACUUGGCCAGGAAGAACUCUUCCAAACCUUCCAACGUAUUGUUGAAAACAUCAACGUCAUUAUCGCCACAUACGGUGACGACGACGGACCAAUGGGACCCAUCAUGGUCAACCCCGCCGAAGGAAACGUCGGUUUCGGAUCAGGUCUGCACGGAUGGGCCUACACCCUCAAACAAUUCGCCGAGAUGUAUGCCUCCAAAUUCGGAAUCCAGGUCGACAAACUGAUGAAGAACUUGUGGGGAGAUCGUUUCUUCAACCAGAAGACCAAGAAGUGGAGCAAUAGCCAAGAAGAUGGAGCCGAGCGUGGUUUCUCCAAGUUCGUUCUGGCCCCAAUCUUCAAGGUCUUCGACGCCAUCAUGAACAUCAAGAAGGAUGAGGUCGCCAAGCUCAUCACCCAGCUCAACAUCAAGCUCCCAGCUGAAGAAAAAGACCUCGAAGGAAAGGCCUUGAUGAAGGUGUUCAUGAGAAAGUGGCUCCCCGCCGGAGACACUAUGCUCCAGAUGAUCUGUAUCCAUCUCCCAUCCCCAGUCACCGCCCAGAAAUACCGUAUGGAGAUGUUGUACGAAGGUCCCCAUGAUGACCCUGCCGCCAUCGCCAUCAAGACCUGCGACGCCAACGGUCCACUCAUGAUGUACGUGUCCAAGAUGGUCCCCACUUCCGAUAAGGGUCGUUUCUACGCUUUCGGUCGUGUCUUCUCCGGAAAGGUCGCCACUGGAAUGAAGGCCCGUAUCCAGGGUCCCAACUACGUGCCAGGCAAGAAGGAGGAUCUCUAUGAGAAGACCAUCCAACGGUAGGUUUUGCAAAAAGCGAUGUUAUUAACGUGUAAUGUAUUUUUACUUAUUUUUGAUUAUUUCAGUACCAUCCUCAUGAUGGGUCGUUACAUCGAGCCCAUUGAAGAUAUCCCAGCCGGAAACAUUGUCGGUCUGGUCGGAGUCGAUCAAUACCUGGUCAAGGGAGGUACCAUCACCACCUACAAGGAGGCCCACAACAUGAGAGUCAUGAAGUUCUCUGUCUCGCCCGUCGUGCGUGUCGCUGUCGAGCCCAAGAAUGCCGGAGAUCUGCCCAAGCUGGUCGAAGGUCUGAAACGUUUGGCCAAGUCCGAUCCUAUGGUCCAAUGUAUCUUCGAAGAGUCCGGAGAACACAUCGUCGCUGGUGCCGGUGAAUUGCAUUUGGAAAUCUGUUUGAAGGAUUUGGAAGAAGAUCACGCUUGCAUUCCCCUCAAGAAGUCCGACCCCGUCGUUUCCUACCGUGAAACUGUCCAAACCGAAUCCGACAUUAUGUGUCUGUCCAAGUCCCCCAACAAGCACAACCGUAUCUUCAUGAAGGCCCUCCCUAUGCCCGAUGGUAUGCCCGACGACAUCGAGUCCGGAAAGAUCGACCCCAAGGCCGAUCCCAAGGAGAGAGCCCGCAUCAUGGCCGAGAAAUACGAAUACGAUCCAACUGACGCCAGAAAGAUCUGGUGCUUCGGACCUGACGGAACUGGAGCCAAUGUUGUUAUCGAUGUGACCAAGGGAGUCCAAUACUUGAAUGAAAUCAAGGAUUCCGUCGUUGCUGGCUUCCAAUGGGCCACCAAGGAGGGAGUUCUAUGUGACGAAAACAUGAGAGGAAUCCGUUUCAACAUCCACGAUGUCACCCUCCACGCUGACGCUAUCCACAGAGGAGGUGGUCAGAUCAUCCCCACCGCUCGUCGUGUCCUGUACGCUUCCGUGUUGACCGCCGAGCCCCGUCUUUUGGAGCCCGUCUACCUGGUCGAGAUCCAGUGUCCAGAGAACGCCGUCGGAGGUAUCUAUGGUGUGCUCAACAGACGUCGUGGUCACGUUUUCGAAGAAUCCCAGGUCGCCGGUACCCCCAUGUUCGUCGUCAAGGCCUACUUGCCUGUCAAUGAAUCCUUCGGUGAGUUUUUAAUUUCAUUUUUUUGUUUUUUUAGGCUCUAUCAAGUAUAAUGUGAUUUAUGAUUUGUCUGGAGUGCAAAGGGUAAUUUGCUGUUUGCAGGUUUCACCGCUGAUCUCCGUUCCAACACCGGAGGUCAGGCCUUCCCUCAGUGCGUGUUCGACCAUUGGCAGAUCCUUCCCGGAGAUCCGUUCGACUCCAACAGCAAGCCCGGACAGGUUGUCACCGAAACCCGAAAACGUAAGGGGCUCAAAGAAGGUAUCCCCGGCCUCGACAACUUCUACGAUAAACUCUAA